AUGGUUGUUAACACUACCGAUCGUCUCCAGAGGCUUCGAGCUCUGAUGAAGCAAAAUGGAGCCGAUGUUUACAUUGCUCCUUCUGGCGACGCACAUGCCUCCGAAUAUAUUGCUGCAUGCGAUGGCCGUCGAGAGUAUGUGUCUGGCUUUGAUGGUUCUGCUGGCAUUGCUGUCAUUGCUCCCGAUGCCGCUGCUCUGUCUACCGACGGUCGAUAUUUCAACCAGGCUUCUCAACAAAUUGACAAUAGCUGGACAUUGCUUAAGGAAGGUCUGAAGGACGUCCCGACAUGGGAAGAGUGGGCUGCCGAAAAGGCCAAGGGUGGAAAGGUUGUCGCUGUUGAUCCUACCCUUAUCUCUGCAAAGGAUGCCAAGACGCUCCAAGCCCUCAUCCAGAGCCGUGGUGGUUCUAAGUUGCUCGGCCUUGAACAAAACCUAAUUGAUGAGGUUUGGGGUUCGGAGCGUCCAGCGCGACCCUCUCAGCCUGUCUUCGUUCACCCGAAUGAUUACGCUGGCCAGUCGGUGACUGAUAAGCUUGUCUCACUCCGAGCUGACUUGGCUAGAGUCAACUCCAUGGGUAUUUACAUUACCAUGCUAGAUGAGAUUGCUUAUCUGUUCAACCUUCGCGGCAGUGAUAUUCCUUUCAACCCUGUCUUUUACUCCUAUGCCGUCGUCACGCCUACGUCUGCGGCCCUCUACGUGGAAAAGUCUAAGCUGGACACAGCUGCUCUGGCUCAUCUCGCUGAGAGCGGCGUUGAAGUCAAGUCUUACGACGAAUUUCUCAGCGAUGCCAAGGCUCACUACCAGUCUUCUACUGCAGGCCAGCGUGGUACUGGCAAAUUCCACAUUACCAGCACAGGAUCGUGGGCUCUGCAGCUCGCUCUCGGGGGUGGCAAUCUUGUGGAGGAAAUCAAGAGCCCUAUUACAUUCUCUAAAUCGGUUAAAAACGAGACUGAGCUGGUUGGCUUCCGUGCAUGCCAUAUUAGAGAUGGCGCUGCCAUUUCCGAAUAUUUCGCGUGGCUAGAGGAUCAGAUCGUCAACCAGAAGGCGACACUAACUGAGGCUGAGGCAGCCGAUAAACUCGACGAAUGCCGUCGCAGAAGAAACCUUUACAAGGGCCAAUCGUUCCCUACAAUUUCAUCUUCUGGUCCAAACGCUGCCGUCAUGCACUACCAGCCUGAGCAUGGCAAGUGCUCCGUUAUUGAUCCCUCGAAGAUCUAUCUCUGUGACUCUGGUGCUCAGUAUCUUGAUGGUACUACGGACACUACGCGAACGCUUCACUUUGGUACCCCGGCGGAGAAGGAGAAGGAGGCAUACACCGCCGCACUGAAGGCGCUCAUCUCUCUACACAAGGCCAUUUUCCCUCAGGGUGUCAGCGGCUUUGCUCUUGACGUUGUUGCCAGACAGCACCUCUGGAACAAGGGAUGGGACUACCGACAUGGUACUGGGCAUGGAGUGGGAUCGUUCCUCAACGUCCACGAAGGUCCUAUGGGCAUCGGCGUUCGCCCUCACUAUGUUGAAACCCCCCUGGUUGCCGGUAACGUCUUGUCAAACGAACCUGGCUACUACGAGGACGGCUCUUUUGGCAUCCGUAUUGAGAACAUGAUGAUUGUCAAGCAAGUAGAGACCAAGUACUGCUUUGGCGACCGAUCUUACCUUGGCUUUGAGAACCUUACCAUGGUUCCUUACAGCCGAAAGCUCAUGAACCUGGACGAUCUUACCUGCGAGGAAAAGGAAUGGUUGAACCAAGCCAACAAGCUGAUCUUGCAGAACAUUAAGCCCCAGUUUGAGGGUGACGCACUGACUCUGGCGUGGCUAGAGCGCGAGACGCAGCCAUACUAG